GGACGUCUUCUUGCACAUGCGGGCACUCCCCUGAAAAUUUGGCACCCAGACGGCACAGAAGUGUACGAGCAAUCAACUAAAGAUGUGUGGGGAGGGGUGUGUCAAGUCAUAAAGAAAGUGUGCUCAGGAGUUGACAAGAGCUUGGUUAGAGGGAUUGGUUUUGAUGCGACAUGUUCCCUGGCCGUUGUUGGACAGGAUGGGCGGGGCUUGUCAGUCAGCCUAUCAGGAGACCCCCAGAAGGACAUCAUAAUGUGGCUAGAUCACAGAGCCAUUUCUCAGGCUGGUGCAAUAAACCAAACAGACCACUACGUAUUGAAGUAUGUUGGUGGUUUACUCUCCCCUGAACAGCAGGCUGCCAAGAUGCUGUGGUUGAAGGAAAAUUUGAAUGAGACCUGGAAAAAGGCAGCAAAGUUUUUAGAUCUUCCUGAGUAUCUUACUUACAGAGCCACAGGGAGUUUUCAGAGGUCAAUGUGUUCUGUUGUAUCAAAGUUUAAUUUUAUGGGAGAUGAAUCACAAAGAGAUAAAGGGUCAUCAAGUGGAUGGAUUGACUCAUAUUGGAAGGCAAUAGGACUACAAGAUUUAGUAGAGGAAGGUUAUACCAAACUUGGGAGUGAUUUUACUCAUCCUGGUAGUGUGCUAAACCAAGGAUUGUCACAUGAUGCUGCGGAGGAGAUGGGACUGUUGGCGGGGCUUCCUGUUGGCUGCUCAAUGAUAGAUGCAUAUGCUGGAGGCCUUGGAGUGAUUGGAGCUGAUAUCAGUGGCCAUUCUCUUCCUUGUAAAAACCAACCCAUCACAUCUUGCCUCGCCUUGGUUUGUGGAACAUCGACUUGCCAUAUAGCUUUAAGUGAGGAAGCCCUGUUUGUGAAGGGUGUUUGGGGCCCAUACUUCUCCAACAUGGUGCCAGGGUUCUGGUUGAACGAGGGAGGACAAACUGCUACUGGAAAACUGAUUGAUCACAUGAUCGAGACACACCCCUCUUAUGAUAAACUUAAAGAAAAAGCUGAGACCAGUGGCAUCUCUGUGUAUGACUUACUAAACCAGCAAGCUGAGAAGCUUGCCAGUGAGAGAGGGCUUAGCAGCCCAGCCUUUCUUACCUGUCAUUUCCACAUGCUUCCUGACUUCCAUGGUAACAGAUCACCAAUAGCUGAUGCAGAUAUGAGAGGAAUGGUCUGCGGCCUCAAUCUAUCCACAAGCCUAGAUGACUUAGCUAUAAAGUAUUUAGCAUCAAUCCAAGCCCUUGCUCAUGGAACGCGUCAUAUCAUAGACUCGAUGAACGUGAGUGGACAUCACGUCAGUACGUUGUUUAUGUGUGGAGGGCUGACCAAGAAUACCUUGUACGUUCAAGUGCAUGCAGACAUCACUGGGAUGCCUUGUGUGCUGCCUAGAGAGGAGGACUCGGUACUUGUUGGAUCUGGUAUUCUUGGCGCAUGCGCGGCACGUGACUUCAGCUCCCUCCAGGAGGCAAUGAAGGCAAUGACCGCUGUAGGGAGUAUAGUCCGACCUGAUCCACGACUACAGAAAUUUUAUGAGAAGAAGCACAAGGUUUUCCUCAAGAUGCAGAGGGACCAGCUCGAGUAUCGACAGAUGAUGGUGGACACGUGACUUACCAUGGCGGACACGUGACAGAUCAUAGCGGACACGUGAUAGAUGAUGGCGGACAAGUGACAAGUAAUGACAGACCCGUGACAGAUGAUAGCGGACACGUGAUAGAUGAUAACGGACACGCUACAGAUGAUGACAGACCCGUGACAGAUGAUAGCGGACACGUGAUAGAUGAUAACGGGCACGUGACAUAUGAUAACGGACACGUGACAGAUGAUGACAGACCCAUGACAGAUGAUAACGGACACGUGACAGAUGAUGACAGACCCGUGACAGAUGAUGGCGGACACGUGACAGAUGAUAACGGACACGUGAGAUAUAAUGACAGACCCGUGACAGAUGAUGACAGACCCGGGACAGAUGAUGGCGGAAACGUGACAGAUGAUAACGGACACGUGUCAGAUGAUAACGGACACGUGACAAAUGAUGACAGACCCGUGACAGAUGAUAACGGACCCGUGACAGAUGAUGACAAACCUGUGACAGAUGAUAACGGACCCGUGACAGAUGAUGACGGACACGUGACAGAUGAUGGUGGACACGUGACAGAUGAUGGUGGACACGUGACAGGUGAUGGCGGACACGUGACAGAUGAUAACGGACACGUGACAGAUGAUGACAAACCCGUGACAGAUGAAACAUACAAAAUAUAAAACAUAUAAAAACGAGUAUAAUAUGGGCGUUCAGUAAAAAUACAGAUAUAAAUAUAUGUUAAAGGUUAUCUAGAUAAUUCAUUAAAAAUUGCACAUCCAUCAAAAGGACCGUUUUGCCACUUCGGUCCGGACGGCUGGAAGUUGAAA